GAGAAUGCAGCAGGAAAAGCUCUGCAAGAGCCAGAGACCACAGAUGCCGGAGUGGGAUGGGAUUCCUAUGGAUUCCUGGGGAAUGCUCCAGUCCCGCUGUUUCGAUUGCAAGGGCCUUGUACGAUGCACUUGGCUCGGAAGCGUCAAGCGUUGCUGGGGCCCAUCAUGCGUGAGACCGUGUGGAUGCCCUGGGACGAUGGGCGACGGGCGAUCGAAGAGCACCGA